CUUCACUAUAUAUUUUUUAACAAUUGAAUUAACGAAUCAAAUGCUCAAAGUGAGGUUAGUGUUUUUGUAUAAACACAAAUAUAAAAUGUUUCAGUUGCGAGGAAGUUAAUUGAUACAAAUAUAAUGGCAGAUGUAAGGGAUAUUAUGGAGCUGGAGCAACCACCAGCUCCAGAGAUUACCAGAGAAUCUUUCAUAAGUGAGAAACAGAAAAAGAGGCCUUUUAAUUCUACCAAAAUUUCUAAAAGACCUGAAGGGAUGCACAGAGAAGUUUUUGCUCUUCUCUACAAUGAUAAUAAGGAUGCACCUCCUAUAUUUCCUUCAGAUACAAGUAAUGGAUACAAGCAAACAAAGGUAAAACUUGGAAUGCGUAAACCUCGCAAAUGGGAAUGGAUGCCAUUUACUAAUCCUGCCAGAACUGAUGGCGCAGUAUUUCAUCAUUGGCGUAGACCAUCAGAUGAACCAAAGGAAUAUCCUUUUGCAAAAUUUAAUAAAAAAAUUGAUAUACCUUCCUACACAGAUUCUAUUUAUCAGCAACAUUUACAAACAGAAGGUUGGACAAAAGAAGAAACAGACCAUUUAAUGGAUUUAGCUAGAAGAUUUGAUUUGAGGUUUAUUGUGAUGGUGGACCGAUAUGAUACUGAAAAGUUUCCUAAGAGAACUGUUGAAGACCUAAAAGAAAGAUAUUACAAAAUUUGUGGUAUUAUUGCAAAGCUGAAUGGCGAAAAGAAGAUCUACCAUUAUGAUGCAGACCAUGAAAGGAGAAGAAAAGAACAGUUGAAACGAUUGUAUGAAAGAACAGCUGAGCAAAUGGAAGAAGAACAAUUUUUAAUAAAUGAACUUAAAAAGAUCGAAGCUAGGAAAAAGGAGAGGGAAAGAAAAACUCAAGAUCUUCAAAAACUUAUCAGUCAAGCUGACAGUCAAGGGGAAACUCCUCGAAAAACAGAGAAAAAACUUCAGAAGAAAAAACUACCCAACCCUUCAAGACCUUCACGAGUAGAUACAACGCAUAUUUUACAGGCCGUCGAAACUGCAGGAAUAAAAUUUCCGGACUACAAAAACAGCGGUGCUUCACUAAGAUCUCAGCGUAUGAAACUGCCCGCAAACAUAGGUCAAAAGAAAUCAAAAGGAAUUGAACAGAUGUUGCAAGAAAUGAAUUUAGAGUUAAAUCCAACACCAACAGAAGAAAUGUGCCAACAUUUCAAUGAACUCAGGAGUGAUAUGGUCUUACUAAUGGAACUAAAAACUGCAUUAGGUACUUGCGAAUUCGAAUUGCAAUCCUUGAGGCACCAAUUUGAAGCAUUGAAUCCAGGAAAAACUUUAACGAUUCCUCCGCAACUGCUAUCUGGAAAUACGGAUAACGAUGGGAACAAGGCUGGAGGUACAGGAGAAAUCAUUGAUGUCGUAGGCUCACCCGGCACACCAGCAGGAUCCAUGACAUGAAAGGGGAUAUGUCUUUCAUUAUUUCAUAUGUGAGCAUUUUUUAAUUUUAUUUUAAGUAAUUGUAAAUUGUAGGUAAUACAUUUAAUUAUUGUCGUGA